AGGAUUAUGUCGCCAACAAUUGCCUUCAUUGUUACUUUCUGCUUGUUGGUGUGUUCAAUAGACGCACAAAGUUUAUCGGAAAACCCGGACUUGGAACGAUUUCUAGCACAAGAACUGCAAGACGUGAUUCGACAUAAUAAGCGCGACUUCAGAUUUCACGCAGCCAGAGGCAAAAAGAGUGAUCCGGACUUUUAUCUGAGGUACAUCUUCACACACUAGCAAUGAGAGCAGUUCACAGAAGAGCAACCAGUUGAACAUGACAUGUAUUACCUUGAACGUAGCGAUUACUUUGUUGGUCUAUUGUACGAAACAUCUAUGAAUAUUUGAUUUCAUGGAAUGAAGGUUACAAUUGUGUU